UGCACGGGGACACCUCAGUCCUCAAGCUGUUUCCAAGAAGGCGUCGGGGUUUGCUGUUGUACACUCGCAGCGUGGACUUGGUGCAAUUGAAUGCGUAACUUUGACUCUCCGUGCAUCCUUCUCUUCUUCUUGUUCUUCUCUUUUUCAGCAGAUUUCUUUCCAGUUCGCAGGCAUUAGAGUGGCAACUGUGGAUGGGCAAGCAGGAGUGGGCUGCUGCCCACCAAGUCUGACUGUGUUUCGGAUGUGUUGAGAAGGAGAAAGAACAUGUAAGAGUCCGCAGGCUUCCCCGCAGAUCCUCGGAUUCACAGCCAACAUGCAGAAAGGGAUGAGACUCAAUGACGGCCACAUCACCUAUCUGGCUCUUUUGGCAAAGAAGGACGGGACGAGGCGAGGUUGCCUGAGUAAGAAAAGCUCAGAUAACACAAAAUGGCAUUCAAAGUGGUUCGCUUUGUUGCAGAACAUGUUGUUUUAUUUCGAGAACGACUCCAGCUCACGCCCCUCCGGACUGUACCUGUUGGAAGGAUGUGUGUGUGACAGGGCACCGUCACCCAAACCAUCUCUUUCCGCAAAGGAAUGCUUAGAGAAGCAGUACUACUUUACCGUCACGUUCAAUCAUGACAACCAGAAGUCUUUGGAGCUGCGCACGGAGGACGUCAAGGACUGUGAUGAGUGGGUGGCAGCCAUCACACAGGCCAGUUACAGGAACCUGGCUACAGAGCAUGAGACCCUCAUGCAGAAGUAUCUCCAUCUACUCCAAAUAGUAGAGACGGAGAAAACGGUUGCCAAGCAACUUCGACAACAGAGAGAUGGGGAAAUCGAGAUAGAGCGGCUAAAAUCUGAGAUUGCUGGACUGCUCAAGGAUAAUGAAAAGAUCCAGUCUAAUCCAGAGGUACCUCCCAGUGAAGAUGACACAGAGAUCAAGAAGAUCAAAAAGGUCCAGAGUUUCCUGCGAGGUUGGAUUUGCCGCAGGAAGUGGAAAACCAUCAUCCAGGACUACAUCCGUUCGCCUCACGCUGAGAGCAUGAGGAAGAGGAACCAGGUGGUGUUUAGCAUGCUUGAAGCAGAGGCCGAAUACGUCCAGCAACUCCACAUCCUGGUCAACAACUUCCUGCGGCCGCUCCGCAUGGCCGCCAGCUCCAAGAAGCCUCCAAUCACCCAUGACGAUGUCAGCAGCAUCUUCCUUAACAGUGAGACCAUCAUGUUCCUCCAUCAGAUCUUCUACCAGGGUCUGAAGGCACGGAUAGCCAGCUGGCCAACCCUGGUGUUGGCUGACUUGUUCGACAUAUUGCUGCCUAUGCUGAACAUCUACCAGGAGUUUGUGAGGAACCACCAGUACAGCCUGCAGAUCCUGGCCCACUGCAAACAGAACAGAGAUUUCGACAAGCUGCUUAAGCAGUACGAGGCCAAGCCCGACUGCGAGGAGAGGACACUGGAGACCUUCCUCACUUACCCCAUGUUUCAGAUCCCGCGUUAUAUCCUGACGCUACACGAGCUGCUGGCACACACCCCCCAUGAGCACGUGGAGAGAAAUAGUCUGGACUACGCUAAGUCUAAACUGGAGGAACUCUCCAGAAUCAUGCAUGAUGAGGUGAGUGAGACGGAGAACAUCAGGAAGAACCUGGCUAUAGAGCGGAUGAUUGUGGAGGGCUGUGAGGUGCUGCUGGACACCAGUCAGACAUUUGUUAGACAAGGUUCCCUGAUCCAGGUGCCGAUGAGCGAAAAAGGAAAGAUCACGAGAGGCCGACUGGGCUCUCUGUCGCUGAAGAAAGAAGGCGAGAGACAGUGUUUCCUCUUCUCCAAACAUCUCAUCAUCUGUACCCGCGGCUCCGGGGGGAAACUUCACAUCACUAAGAAUGGAGUGGCCUCUCUCAUAGACUGCACACUGAUGGAAGAGCCGGAGGGGACAGAUGAUGAAACCAAAGUGGAGCGGAGUGGUCAGGACACAGAGAACCUGGACUUCAAAGUGAUGGUGGAGCCCAAAGACGUCCAGCCUUACACCGUCAUCCUGGUGGCUUCAUCCCGACAGGAGAAGUCAGCGUGGACGAGCGACAUCAGCCAGUGCAUUGACAACAUCCGCUGCAAUGGUCUGAUGAUGAACGCCUUCGAGGAAAACAGUAAAGUCACCGUGCCUCAGAUGAUUAAGUCCGACACCAGCUUGUACUGCGAUGAUGUGGACAUCCGCUUCAGCAAGAUGAUGAACUCCUGCAAGGUGCUGCAGAUCCGCUAUGCCAGCGUGGAGCGUCUGUUGGAGAGGCUCACCGACCUGCGCUUCCUCUCCAUCGACUUCCUGAACACCUUCCUCCACUCGUACCGCGUCUUCACCAGCGCUGACGUGGUGCUGGAGAAGCUCAUCACCAUCUACAAGAAGCCCAUCAGCGCCAUCCCCGCACGUUCUUUGGAGCUUUUCUUUGCCAGCAGCCAGAGCAACAAACUCCUGUACGGUGAGCCACCCACGUCACCGCGUGCCAGCCGCAAGUUCUCCUCCCCUCCUCCCCUCGCCAUCACCAAGACGUCCUCGCCAAACCGCCGACGCAAGCUUUCGCUCAACAUCCCCAUCAUCACGGGGGGCAAAGCCUUGGAUCUGGCUGCUCUGAACUGUUCUCCCAAUGGCUAUGCAAGCAUGCACUCCACCAUGUCACCUUUCAGCAAGACCACCCUUGACAUCAACAAGCUUUACGUGUCCAGCACCAUGGCGAGCAAAAUCCCAGAUGAGGGAGAGACCAAAGCUGAAGGCAAGGCUGAGGAGACUGUCCUCAACAAGCAAGAUCUGUCUGUGAAAGAGGAAUGUAAUGAAGACCCAAGUCAGAGUGAGGAAACAGAGGCGGAGAUGUCUCCUCCCAAAUCACCAUCGACACCCAAGAAUGUCAAGUCAAAAAACUCAGAGUUUUCCCUGUUUUCCUUUAACAAUGGCAUGGUGGUGUCAUCUUGCCGGGAGCUGGACAAUAACCGCAGUGCCCUUUCUGCCGCCUCGGCCUUCGCCAUCGCCACCGCUGGUGCCAACGAAGGCACCCCAACCAAGGAGAAGUACCGUCGUAUGUCGCUCGCCAGCACAGGUUUUCCUACUGACCAGAGGAAUGGAGACAAAGAGUUUGUUAUCAGGAGAGCGGCUACUAACAGAGUGCUGAAUGUGCUGCGUCACUGGGUCUCCAAACACUCGCAGGACUUUGAGCUGAACACAGAGCUGAAGACACGGGUAAUCAGCUUCCUGGAGGAGGUGAUGCACGACCCAGAGCUCCUCACACAGGAAAGAAAGGCAGCUGCCAACAUCAUCAGGACUCUCACUCAGGAUGAUCCUGGAGAUAACCAGGUCACGCUGGAAGAGAUCACACAGAUGGCACAGGAAGACUGUAAAACUGAGCCUUUUGAGAGCCACUCUGCCCUGGAGAUAGCUGAGCAACUCACACUGCUGGACCACCUGGUGUUCAAGGUCAUCCCAUACGAGGAGUUCUUUGGUCAAGGCUGGAUGAAAAACGACAAGAACGAGAGGACUCCUUACAUUAUGAAAACUACCAAGCAUUUCAAUGAUAUUAGCAACAAGAUCGCAACAGAGAUCCUGCAGUGGGACGACGUCAACCUGAGAGUUGGGGUGAUUGAGAAAUGGGUAGCAGUGGCUGACAUCUGUCGCUGCCUCCACAACUACAACGCCAUGCUGGAGAUCACUUCCUCCCUAAACCGCAGCUCCGUCUUCCGCCUCAAGAAGACCUGGCUCAAAGUCUCCAAGCAGACAAAGACUGUGAUCGACAAGUUACAGAAGCUGGUGUCAUCAGAGGGACGAUUCAAAAACCUGAGAGAAGCUCUGAAGAACUGCGACCCUCCCUGCGUUCCCUACCUUGGAAUGUACCUGACUGACCUGGCCUUCAUCGAGGAGGGAACGCCUAACUACACCGAGGACAGCUUGGUUAACUUCUCCAAGAUGAGAAUGAUAUCUCACAUUAUCAGAGAAAUACGGCAAUUUCAGCAAACAGCUUACAAGAUUGAUUAUCAACCAAAGGUUGCAAAGUACCUGCUGGACAGCAGUACGGCGCUGGAUGAGGAGAGCCUGUAUGACGCAUCUCUGAGAAUUGAACCCAAAACUUCAACAUGAAGAGGAUCGCACCCCCCCACCCCUCAUAUGGAUCACUUGAUUUAUCAUAUGCACAACAAUUCAGAGACAUUGGCAAAGAACAUUUUAAAAACAUUUGAUUUUAGGACAUAGAAUUAAAGUAGCAUAAGUUACAAUACAAAAAAAAUACAACAUAAAUAAACUAAAUAAAAGUAUAGGUCUGUGAGAUGAAACUGAUCCUGAUCUUCAGGGUGGGGGACUGGGGGUGGUUGGGUUCUCUGAUAAUCCUGUUGGCCUUCUUCCCUCACCGCUGGGUGUCAACCUCUUCAUGGGUGGCAUCUAUAUCCCAGUGAUGUGCUGAGCAGUUUUCAUCACCCUCUUUGAUGCUUUGUGGUUAAAGGCGGUGAUGCAGCAAGUGUAGUGAAGUGUACAGGAACAAUAUAUCAUAAUGUACAUAAACUAUUAUUUGUAUUAGACACAGUAGGCUGUGCCCUUCUAGUAUGUGCUCCCCAAUGGACUUGUUGUGUAUAAUCGUUAUUAGAGACCGAGUAGAAGCCCAGAGAGGUUUUAUUUAUAUAGUUACAGAGUAUUUAUGUUAUUUCAUGUCUUGAAAACCAUUUUAUGAUACAUUUAUUUUCGACCACAGAAUAAACAGAUGAGAGUAUAUACAAAUUUACAGAUAUUGUCUCAUUUAUGAGAGAUGGUGGUCACAUUUGACACAUGAUGAUCAACUCCCGCUUUUGCUCAGGUGUCAAAGUCAGAGAGAAACGACAGUGCAGUUGUCUUUAAACAAGUCCCAAUAGAAACACAUUUCUUAUAUUUACUUAACGCUUUGUCCUCAAGUGCAACUCUUAAAAGUAAUACAAAUAUAUACCGAUCCACUAGCUACAUUACAAUGAUAUAAAGUUGUGUUAGUUGGAAUUUCGUCCUGCGAUUUAAAUCUGAUGCAGGGAUGGCGGACUGCGACACCAAAACUAAAAACUAUGUUAUUACUGAAUGUAAAUCCAGUAAGUGCUAUGCCCAUUGCAGAAAGAAUGAUAACCAUAAAUGUUAUACAAAAAAAACCCAUAAGGAUAAUUUUAAAGACUUGAUAUUAAGAGGCUUUUCCUGUGAGACAAAUAAAGGGGGACUGCUGUGGUGGCUGCAGUUGACUCAUGUGCUUUGAUGUUUUAUGUAGCCACAGAAAGACAAAGACAAGAGAUUUUUAAGUCUGACUGGGACAAGAUUACCUGCUAAUUUCUGAUUGAGCUGGAACAUGUGUUUUCAGUCUGGAGAGAUGUGUAUUUAUGCUUUGCUUAUGAUCACCUUAUUCCCCUGGUGGGCAACAUGAUGUAUAUACAGCAUAAGCAACGGGCAGUGUAUGUAGCAGAUGUAACCAAUAUUGAGCCACUUCAGGAAGUCAAAUUCCCAGCUUCUAUACUCAGACAGUAGUGUUUACAGUUAAUCCUCUUUGGCCAGUGCAUUAUAGUUUUGCCUUAAUCAUGAAAUGGAUUAUAUACACAAAAGUAUGUAAACUAUUUUGUUCUACGAGUUGCCAAUGAAGCAGAAAUAUUUGCUGUGUACAAUAUUGUGUACAGGCAGUCCUGAUGCAUUUCCUAACGUGCAAUGUGUUAAACAUAUCCCUCGAAAUGUGUUAUCCUUAUGAUUGUUCAACUCUGUAAUAUCUUUUCUGUGUAUGAUACUUUAAAGCAAAUGUUGAAAACAACUUAUAAGUGUAACACAUUCUGUAUCCUGUCUAUUCCAAUGUGUUAGCAGGAGCUAUAGUAAUAUUGUGCUUAUUCUUGGAAUAUUUAUAGGUAUUUUUUACAGGCUUUGUAUAGAAAAAACACCUAAAGCUUAAGUGGCAGGCAUGUACCACUUUCACGUGUUCAAAUCAAAUCUAUAUCUAGGACAGUUUGUGUACUGUAUUGAAGCCCCACCCUUGCACAUUAAUCUUUACCCUCCUUACAGGCACAUCCAAUGUUUGCAGUGAGCAAUACCCAGUGGUAUGAGAUUUAUCCUUCAGUCUAUUUCAACAGCUUGAGUAGUAUUUCCAGUUUUGUAUAAAAGUGUAUUCUUUCCUGAUUACCUCUUGUUAAUAAAUCUAUUAUUUCUCAGGGGGAAAAGUGUC